AUGUCUCAUCAUACAAUCGAGCAUCCUUUAUUAGGUACUAUUCUUGGUGUCCAAAAAUCAGAGGAGGUGGUCCAAUUUCUAGGUAUCCAAUAUGCCACUCUGAAAGACAGGUUCUCUCGUGGAGUUCUACUGAAGUCCUUGACGGGCAUCCGUGGUAGUCACUCUGCAACGUUUUUUGACGCAACAAAAAGUGGACCUAUCCCGCUGAAUCCUCCAAAUGCGUGUGCACUGGAGCAAUCCGUUUUCGUUCAGAAGACCAUUCCGUUCACACAGUGCGAACAAUCGGACACCGAAGGUUUGACGCUCAACAUCAGUGUACCAACAGCCGUUCGUAACUCCACUGGCCUACCUGUCUUCACCUUCGUGCAUGGUGGUGGUUGGGUGACGGGCAGCAUAGUCUAUCCCCAAUAUGACUUGGCCGCGAUUACAAGACUGAGCGUUGAAGCGGCAAUGGCACAGCAUGGGUACCUACCGAAUAAUGGUCUCUAUGACUAG